AUGUGGGCCAGGGUCUUUGGACCAGAUUCCGCCAUCUGGCGGUAUCGAUUUAGUACAUGCUAUGACCUUGUCCCGGGGAAACUUUACAGGGAGUUGAAGAUCGAAUACCAGAUCCGCGCGAUUGUGCUGAGGGCCCCGAUUCAGUUCAAAGGCAAGGAGGAUGAUCGUCAAUAUCUCUGGAUGGAGGUCAUGCAGACUAUGCUCGAGGAGUCUCUGAACCUACCCAUCGCGCCUGGGGAAACCUCAAAGACCCUGCAAUGUAUCCGUGAGACUCUCCAGGGAGUGGAUUUUCUGAGCGAGUUUCAAAAAGAAGGAACUUCCUCGCAACUCUUUUAUGGUCUCCAGCUGUGCCUAACUUCGUUUGCCCUCGACCCAACCAUUACUGAGCCUUGUCGUCGGACAGACUACGACAUCACCCAAGUCUAUUCGUAUCUAGACGAGGUGGGCCAGGCAUUCAUCGAUCACGACGACCUUGACCUGGCCAAACUAUUGAAUUUACGCAAUUUCUGGCAGCGUCACUUUUUGAACGCUUCUGAGAUUUCCUUCAAUGAGUCCUUUUCUGGGCUGCCUACAGACAUGAAGCCCAAGACACGAAAGGAUAAUCCGACCAAUAUAUCCAAAUUAAGCCCAUCAUGGCUAGGAUAUUACUCUUGCAUGCAUCCCCUCUCAGAUCUGCUGCAUACGGACCGCCAGACAUGCGCUGAUCUUGAGACACAUGGCGAUUUAAUCGACAUCAUGAACCUCGAUCUCCAACCCUCGUCCUACCGGUUUUGGCCCGAGCAAUGCAACAAGAUCAUCCCUAUCGCUAGUGUUCCCGAUACAAUGAGGACAUAUUUCAAUGGCAAGCAGAGAGGAUAUGGUGGCGUCCACGAGGAAGAAAACCCUGUGUUCGGGUUUACUGAAGAUAUUCCUGCCCAGCAUGGUGGCUUUGGGGGAUGGACGAGGAUCUGUUUCAUGAUCCUUGAAGCAGAAGAGGAGGAGGGGGAGGAGGAAGAAGAAGAGGAAGAGGAGGAAGACGACGAAAUGCCUUUCUCCCCCGUGAUGGACGGUGAGGGCUGGAUCCAUGGAUACGAGGCUGUCAUCAUCCCCGGUGGGCGUAUGAUGCUGGGACGGUGGGUUGAUAUGAAGGAGCCAGAAGCCAGAGGCCCAUUCAUCUUCUGGGACGUAUAG